AUGUCGCAAACCCUGACGCUGCAUCCCGUCACCGCCUUCACAUUCACAACCAAAGACGCGCAACCCGAGGAAGAUCCAUCCGUCGCAGCUCGACUGCAGCGGCUGCAGAACAACUAUGAGGAUCUCGGCAUGCGAAGGACAGUAGAGGCAGUGCUGGUGGUGCACGAACACGGGCAUCCACACGUGCUGAUGCUCCAGAUCGCGAAUGCUUUCUUCAAGCUCCCCGGAGACUACCUCAAACCGGGCGAGGACGAAGUGGAAGGCAUGAAGGCGAGACUGGACGAGCGGUUGGGGCCAGUAGAGAGCGACCCUAACUCCUUUGGUCCCAACGGCGAGGGGCGCAACAAAGAGGACGGCGACUGGGAGAUUCAGGACUGUCUCGCUCAGUGGUGGAGGCCAAACUUUGAGACAUUCAUGUAUCCAUACGCACCACCACACGUCACAAAGCCAAAAGAGUGCAAGAAGCUCUUCCUCGUCACCAUCCCUCCCACCAAGGUGCUCGCAGUACCCAAGAACAUGAAGCUGCUAGCAGUGCCACUCUUCGAGCUUUACGACAACUCGCAGCGCUACGGUCCGCAACUCGCCGCCAUCCCACAUCUGCUCUCUCGAUACAACUUUAUCUACUCUGAUUGA